CCUGAGGGGGUGGUGUGUGCAGGGUGUGUGGGGAGCAGAUGGUUGUGGAUGUGGGGUGGGUCGCGAGGGGCACUGGCUGAAGGGGAAGGUGUGAGGGAAAGAGGAGGGGAUGGAGCAUCUUAGGGCAUGAGGCAUCUGAAGGGGGUGUCUGAGGGGAUGGGGCCGAGGAGGAGGGGCCUGAUGGGGAGACUCAGCGGGAAGGGGUGUCUUUGGGGGGCUGAGGGGAGGCAGAUCCAAGUGGCAAGAAUCUUGGAUGAGCAGCAGGUUUGAAGCAAGGGGGUCUUGGGACUCCCCGGGGCACCCUGUGCAGGGAGGGCAGGGGCUGGGCCAGCAGGUGCCCAGCUCUGCCGGCUCUGGGGUGACAGAGUGGGGGACAGCUGGCCCAGAUCAGCCAGGCAGGGCAAGUUUUGGAGCAAGAUAUAUCUGGGGUAGCUGGAGAGACACAGAGGGAGAGGAGCCCCCCAAACGCAGGGAACAGCCCCAGAGGUCAGGCGAGAGACGGUGACAGGGACGGCAGCAGAGACUGCACAGGCGGGCUGAGGGCGGGCGGGCUGGCGGGCGGCGAGAGCCAAGACAGAGUGAGUGAGAGGCGCGGAGGGAGGAGGCUGAGCGGCUGGCGAGAGCUAGGCAAGGAGUGAGCGGGAGGCUGAGGAAGGAGAGGCUGGCAGGGAAGGUCUGUGGUCCAGGCCGGAGGGGGACUAGGGACAGAGGGACCUGUGGGAGGGAGCAGGAAUGGAGGAACUGGGGGGCAGAGGAGGCGGGCACCUGGCAGAUGCUGGGGACCUGGGAGAGGGAGAGCCCUGGCAGCACCCCGCUGCUGACCCCUGUCUGUCUCUCCCACUGUCCUCCAUCCUGUCCCGUGUCUGUCCCAGACUCUGCAGGGUCAGCUCCGCCAUGGACUGUAGCUGCGUCUCCGACCUUCUCUUCGCCCCGCCUGCCCUGCCGGCUCUCUGGACCCCUGGGUUUGCCUUCCCGGAUUGGGCCUACAAGCCGGAGUCAUCCCCUGGCUCGAGGCAGAUCCAGCUGUGGCACUUUAUCCUGGAGCUGCUGCAGAAGGAGGAGUACCAGGGUGUCAUCGCCUGGCAGGGGGACUACGGGGAGUUCGUCAUCAAGGACCCUGAUGAAGUGGCCCGGCUCUGGGGCAUCCGCAAGUGCAAACCCCACAUGAAUUAUGACAAGCUGAGCCGGGCCCUGCGUUACUACUACAACAAGCGCAUCCUCCACAAGACCAAAGGCAAGAGGUUCACCUACAAGUUCAACUUCAGCAAAGUCGUGCUAGUCAAUUACCCACUGCUGGAUGUAGCAGCUGCUGCCACUGGCUCCCCACUCUUGUUGACCCCUGGUCCCUUUGCAGGGGGCCCUGGGCCAGAUGCUCCUCCCCUCACCCCAGAGGCCCUGCAGACCCUGUUCUCUGCCCCACGCCUGGGAGAGCCGGGGGCUCGGACACCCCUGUUUACCCCAGAGACGGACAAACUGCGGCUGGACAGCCCUUUCCCGUUCCUGGGCUCUGGUACCACUGGCUAUUCCAAGCCCCCCGGCCUGCUGGGUCCCUACGGCCGCGCCUUCCCUGAGUACCCCUGGAACUUUAACCCAUACCUCACAGGCCCCUUCCCCAAGCUCUCCCCUUCUCUCUAUCCCCCACACUUCUACCCCAACUCCCUGGCCAGUUCCCUGGGCCACCUGCCUUCCACAGGAGCAGGGGGAGGCCCCACGGCUGCACCCCUGCUGGCUGCGACUGGGGAGGGCCCGGGUCCUGAACGCCCCUCAGGCCUGGUGGCAGCCCCUCGCCUGGCACUGCCAGGAGCGGGGGGUCCAGAGACCACGCUGGGCAGAAAGGAAGACAGUGACUCAGAACUGGAGAUUACUGAUGUCAGCGGCUGCAGCUCUGACAGCGAGGGCGAUGAGGGCCUCCAGGUGCCUCCCAAAGCCAAGGCAGGCAAAGGGGGGACCGGCAGCUGAGCCAGCGUGGGGUGAUGGAUUCUGCCGAGGUGGGGACCAGGACAGCCAACCCUGAAGCCUCUGCCAUCUGGUCUGCCCUCGAUGUCAGCCAAGGCCUAGGACCAGGCCCCGGCACCCUCCCAGAGCCCAGUCUCCCUCCCCAACCCCAGAGUGGGGGUCUCGCCUUCCCCUCCAUGGAGGGGGAGGGAAGAAAAUGGCCUCCAGCCUCCUCCCCAGGCUCCAGUUUGAGGGGGGUCCCCGCCUGGCCCCACUCCCAAAGUGCAAUACGGCGCCCAGCCUCCCCUGCCCACCCCUGUGCUGUGACCUGUGUGUUUGUGUGGCCGUGUCUCCAACCCCCUGUGCCGGCCCCCAUCCUGAUACCCUCAUACAGGCCCCCCUGGGGACAGGGAGCUCAGAGCAAUAACCCCGCCCCCAGCCCCUACCCAGGAGGGGCCCCCUCCCCACCAGCUCCCCAUGACCUCCACAGCCACCUACAGAGUUUACUACAAAAAUAAAAGAACAGAGGGAGAUGUGGGGUGCCCAGCAUUCUGGAUGACUGGGGGCUGGGGCCUCCCUCAUAUCGUGUGUGUGUGUGUGUGUGUGUGUGUGUGUGUGUGAAUUGUUAAUGAGAAGGACUGA